CCAGGCUCUGAACUGCAGUUGGGGGGACACAAAAGAAGAAGGUUUUUCCAUCCUCUACUCUCUUGAGCUGGGUUGGACCUGAAAUGCACCCCUGUGGGAAAUGAAGAUCUCUUUGCAGAGGAUCCAAGAAGAAGGACAAAUGCAGAUCGUGCGGUGGCUGUACCUCUCCGGGCUGGGGUUUGCCGUGCUGAUCCCAGCAGGGUGGCAGAUGGGCCCCAAGGACUUGGAUGACACGUCCAGAUGGCAGUCAUACGAAUCCCAAAGUACCCAAAGCUUCGCGUCCGACAUCAAGCGGCACUCGGAAGGCACCUUCAGCAGUGACUUCACCCGCUACCUGGACAAGAUGAAGGCCAAGGACUUUGUGCACUGGCUCAUCAACACCAAACGGUACAGCUCCACGAAGAGGUACCUGAAGGAGGAGCCCCACAGUAUCCCCUUCCCAGCAGCUUUCCCACCACUCAUGUACAAUUAAAUGGCAAAUCAAGGGAUCAGCUUUCCAGUAGCAUCAGCCUGGGGAUGUUGGACCCCUUCACGGUCGCCACCAGCGGAUGGCCCACAGGAAGGAUUUAUCCAUCCCACGCAGCUGCGCUGUUUGCCAGUCCCCUCCUCCUAAAAUCUGCACCCACGGAUCAGCCUUCCUUUCAAACAUGGAUUUCUCCAGCUUCAUUUUCUCUGUAACUGCUCCCACAGUGCUGCAGAUCGUGCAGCUUUCCUUAAAGCUUAAUAAAACCCUCACUAAAUCCAGCAGCUGGAUCUUGACAUCUCCAGCCCUUCCGAGCAUCCCAUCGGGAUUCCAUUCCAUGCACCGCUGGUGCCGAGGGAUUGCGAGACACCAGCCUCUGACCCCCCGGCAUGGCUCAGGUGCCCAUUUUUCUCUCAAUUCCAUCAGUUUUAGG